AAAGGCUGGUUAGGAUGGACAAAAACACACGGUUUCUUUAUCCAAAUGGGAGGGUUCAGGCUUCUCAGAACGGACGAUACCCCUCCUCGUGUCCUUUCCCCAGAAGAAUUCGAGGUUUUGCUCGAGACUGGACAAAUUGGUUUCCCCUCAAUCACAGAAGAAGAGAUAGCGGACAAGAGCAAGGGCGACAUGCUUUCUAAAAGUUUGGUGGUAUUCCAAACGUUUUGGUUCUUCGUUCAAUGCAUCGCGCGUGGAGUGCAAGGGCUCGUCAUAACAGAACUUAAGCUCGUAACGUUGGCGUUUGCGGCUUUGAACGGAGUGAUGCAUUUCUUCUGGUGGCACAAGCCUCUCGACGUGCGGAGUCCUGUGACCAUACAUUUAAAGGAGGCUACGGAAUCAAACCUGGUCAUAGGUCAUCUUCCUGUGCAGCAGGAGAACUUGAGAUCCCCCGACAGUGACCUUGACGGCUGCGUGCCAGAAGAGGUGGUCGACAAGAAAGCCACGAAGACAACCCCACCCUCGUUUUCUGGUCCGCUGCGUCGCAAUAACAGCCGCGUCCCCACCUACUACGCGCACAAAUUUGACUGCGAAUGGGAAUGGGAAUUAAGGAUCCUGGUCGUAUGCACCCUCUUUGGUGUGGUCUUUGGAAGUAUCCAUUGUAUCGCCUGGGCAUUUACUUUCCCUUCGCACGUCGAACGUGUUUUGUGGCGGACAGCAUCCUUGAUCGUCACUUGUGUGCCGUUGCUUAAUGCCCUACUGUCCAUUCUAUAUUCCUCGUUGUUCGAAAGCCUCUGGCAGUCGGCGGUGGAGUACUCGAUCGCUGCAGGAUUCGUCCUCUAUGGAUUGGCUCGGAUGGUGCUGCUCGUCCAGGCGUUCACUUCGCUGCGAGCGCUUACACCUCUCGCGUACGAGACUGUCCAGUGGACAUUUUUCAUCCCCCAUAUUUUUUAG